AGGGGACCACAGAACAUGAGAAAUGGCACCUCAAUCACAGAGUUCAUCCUGCUAGGUUUUCCAGGGAUCGAAGGACUACAAACCCCACUCUUCAUACUGAUCUUUCUCAUCUACAUUUUAACACUUGCAGGCAAUGGCCUCAUCAUUGCUACUGUCUGGGCCGAACCUAGGCUACAAAUUCCGAUGUACUUCUUCCUUUGUAAUUUGGCCUUUCUUGAAAUCUGGUACACCACUACCGUCCUCCCCAAACUGCUAGAAACUUUUGUGGUAACAAGAACAGUCAUUUGCUUUCCCUGCUGCCUGCUACAGGCCUUUUUCCAUUUCUUCCUUGGUACCACUGAGUUCUUGAUCCUUGCUAUCAUGUCUUUUGACUGCUAUCUGGCCAUUUGCAAGCCCCUUAGCUAUCCCAGCAUCAUGACCAGCAAACUCCGUCUGCAGCUGGCCCUCAGCUCCUGGGUGGCUGGCUUCACCAUUGUCUUUGGUCAAACAGUGCUGUUCAGCAAGUUGCCUUUCGGUGACAACAAUGUCAUCAAUCAUUUUUACUGUGAUGUCGGUCCCAUCUUGAAAGCAGCCUGUGCAGACACCAGCAUUCUGGAACUCUUAGGUCUCCUGGCAACCAUCCUGGUCAUCCCAGGGUCACUCCUGUUUACAAUGAUUUCUUACAUCUACAUCCUGUCCACCAUCCUUCGAAUUCCUUCACCCACUGGCCGCCAAAAGGCUUUCUCUACCUGCGGCUCACACCUGACUGUUGUGUCUCUGCUCUACGGAGCUGUUUUGUUCAUGUACCUGAGGCCCACAGCACACUCCUCCUUCAAGGUUAAUAAGGUGGUGUCUGUGUUAAACACUGUCCUCACACCCCUUCUGAAUCCCUUUAUUUAUACCAUUAGAAACAAGGAGGUGAAGGAAGCCCUAAAAAGGGCUAUGAUGUGUGCUCGCUUCGGCAGCACAUAG